AAGGCUACUGCCACACCCCUAUGGUUCUGCGACCACAGUUUAUUUGCUAAAGACUGGAAAUAUCAUAAACAUGAACAAAACACAUGAAUGUUAACAAAAACCUCAAGAAAUGGCUGUAAAUACAGCAGUCUGCAAGUGGCAGGAACCAGGCUGCGGAGGUAGUCUUCAGUUUCACCAGAAAUAGUUUUGAGACUAGGCUUAUCUCUCCUUCUUGCAGGAGUGUAUGUUGAUUCGUCAUGUGUUUUCAUCUAAGAUUUUAAGAAAGAAAGGAGGGCUUUACUGUACAGGUGUGGCAUGCCGAAGCGCAAGCGGCCAGCUGACGGGGAGGAAGGGGAGGGUGGAAGUGCAGGAUCAGUAUCAACUGCUGCCUCCUCCCCAGGGGCAGCUACACCAGCACCCGCUGCCACACCCCUAGCAGAGGGUAGGCCAAAGCGGCGCAGAAAUGACACAACGCUCGUGGAUACAAUCCAGUUCAUAUUUGAUGCGUUACGAAAUAAAAAGAAAGAUGACGAUACCUAUACAUGUGAGCCAUUCCUGCGUGUUCCGAAGAAGAAGACGGAGCCUCAGUACUAUGAUAUGAUCAAGAAUCCCAUUGACAUGCUCAAGAUUCAACAGAAGAUCAAAACUGAUGUCUAUAAUGACUUGGAUGAGUUCUGCAAAGAUGUUCAGUUAUUGGUUGAUAAUGCCAAGCUGUAUUAUGCCAAGUCCACCGACGAAUAUAAGGAUGCCUGCGAACUAUUCGAGAUAUUCCUAGUGGCGAAGGACAAGGCACCCGAAGAGAUCAACAAAGAGAAGAUGAGACUGCAGCAGCAAGCAGAAGAGGAUGAAAGGCACAUGAAGAAAAAGAAUCUUUCUGUGCAGAGAGGCCGACCACCAAAAACAUCCUUAGCCAUGUCAGCUCCUAUGAUUUUGGAGGAAGAUGGUGAGCCCAUGACCAUGGAAGAUGUCAUUGAAGAGCUGUUUGGAGCGGUCAUGACUGCCAUGGAUCCUGAGGGUCGACUGUAUUCCUAUGAUUUUCGUCUGUUGCCAUCAAGAGAAAAGUAUCCUGAUUACUACCAGAUAAUUGAUCGUCCAAUAGAUCUGAAAACCAUCGCUCAGCGAAUCAUGAGUAAAAAAUACACUAAUAUUGAUGAGCUGGAGGAGGACUUGAAUCUCAUGUUUAACAAUGCUUGUGCCUUCAAUGAACCAGGCUCGCGAAUAUUCAAAGAUGCUAGAACCUUGAAAAAACUGACACAGUUGCGGAAGGAUGAUUUGCUUCAGAUUCUCCACGCAAAGAAGAGUGUCCGUCUCAGGAGUAAACGUAGCAUAACAAACCAGUUAUGGUCAGUAUUGAUGGCUGAAUUAGAGGAGGGGAUGGAAUUGCCACUACCUGAAGAAGACAGCGGGGGAACAGAGAUGCCUCUGAGCACAACCCAUGAAGAUGAGGAAAGCGACGAAGAUGUUGAUCCAGAUAAUCCCCAGUGGCAACUUUUCCUGGCUGCUAAGAAUUUAACUUCAACAAGUGAACCUUCGUACUGUCUUGCCGAGCCAUUUAGGCGUCUGCCAAACAGACGUUGGCAUGCUGACUAUUACGUCGAAAUUCGCAAUCCUAUUUCGCUCUCGCAGAUUCGAAAGAAGAUUGUGAAAGGGGACUACCAGUAUAUAUCAGAAAUGGUCGAGGAUUUCAACCUUAUGUUCGACAAUGCGCAGCAGUACAACCGACCAGACUCGAGGAUCUAUCGGGAUGCUGUGAAGCUCCAGAAGUUUGUUCAGAACAAAGCAGAUGAGCUCAGUGUUAUAGAUGAUGACGACACAGAUAGCGAGAGCGACGACGACGACUCUCAGUCGCAAAACAAACGUCGUUUUGGACGCAUCAACAGACCUCUUACAUUUAGACGUCGAGCCAGAAUCCUGUUCAAGACGCUGAUGGAUUACAUGACGGAGGAUGGAAGACAACCAAUCGUUGCUUUCAUAGAGAAGCCGGACAAGCGGAACUACCCAGAUUACUAUGAGGUGAUUGCCCAGCCAAUAGAUAUGGAGACAAUAGAGGCCAAAAUCAAAGGUGAGAGAUAUACAAGCGAAGAUGAGCUGGUUGCCGAUUUCAAACUCAUGUUUCGCAAUUGUCAGAGGUACAAUGAAGAAGGGUCCGUUAUUUACUCAGAUGCCACAGUUUUAGAAAAGGUUUUAAAUGAGAAAAUAAGGGAGUUAAACCAAGGUGAUGGCAGUCCGGGUAAAGGCAAAUUUGGAAAGCGUAACAAAUUCAAUCAGUACGUGAAUACGAAUAAGGUGUUGAGAACUCUGUAUAAUUCUGUUCGAGACUUCAAAGACAGUGAUGGACGACAGCUAUCAGAGGUGUUUUUGAGGUUGCCCUCAAAGACCUUAUAUCCAGAUUAUUAUGAGGUUAUAAAGCAACCCAUUGACUUGGAAAGGAUACUUCAGAAGUUGAAGACCAACAUAUACAUGACCGUUGAUGACAUGCUAACGGACAUGACAUUAAUGUUCCAAAACGCAUGUAGGUAUAAUGAACCUGAUUCCCAGAUAUACAGAGAUGCUCUCACAUUACAGCGACAUGUAUUACAGAAACGCCUUGAGUUAAGCACGGCGGAGGAUGGUAUUCCUAAAGUUGGAGCUUUAGUACAAGAACUUCUGAUGUGUCUGUUCAUCAGCGUAUUUAACCACGAAGAGGAAUAUGGCAGAUACUCUGCUGAGUCCUUUUUUGAUAUGCCUGAUUAUGAAGAGAUUGAUGGGAAGAAAACCAGGCUACUGUCAUUUGACAUCAUGAAACGACGUCUUGACAAGGGAAUGUAUGCUCGCCUUGAUCACUUCCAAGAAGACAUGUUUUCUAUUUUUGAAAGAGCCCGCAGAAUGUCCAAGUUGAAUUCUCAGUUGUUCCGGGAUUCAGUUACUCUGCAGACUGAAUAUAUCAAAGUCAGGGAUGAACUGUGUGGCAAUGGGUCAACCCUUCAGUCUCGCGCAAUAGAGUUUACAGAGACGGAAUUAAAUAAACAACUGCAACAGUUGCACUCUCAACGAGGUUCUGAUCAGGAUAAUGAACUGCUUGGAGAAGAUGAAGAUUCAAAGCCACCUCCCCAACCAACAGAUGGUACAAAUAACAGCAGUCUGAGCCAUAAUGAAAUUCAGUACUUUGUUGGAGACUUUGUGUACCUGACUCCUCCAGAUAAGAACUGCGAUUAUCCAAUGCUACACAUAGAAAGAUUGUGGACGAAUAGUGAAGGUCGUCAGAUGGUGUAUGGAUGCCUGUACUAUCGCCCAGCGGAGACAUUCCAUCAACCAAACCGUAAAUUUUUUGAACAAGAAGUGUUCAAAACAGACAAGCAUAAUGCCUAUCCUUUAACAGAUGUUGUUGGAAAAUGCUACGUAUUACCUCUGCUAGACUAUGUUAAGAUGAAGCCUGAUGGUGUUGAUGAUAAAGAUGUCUAUGUAUGUGAAUCACGAUACAAUACAAGAAACAGAUUCUUUAAGAAAAUUAAGUCAUUUCCAUUUAAUGUUGGAGAGAGAGUCACACUGGUUGAGAGACCAGAGCCGUUGGGAUUGAAGCGCGUCGAUUCCGUUUUUAAGGAGAGAAUAGAAAGGCACAAGGAAGAACUUGCGGAACUAGACGAAGAAACGAAAAUUAGCCGAAGGUCCUUACCUAAUGUUUUGAAGAUUCAUCCUGAAGGUGCCACCAAUUAUACCUAUUACGAGCAGUACAACAUAUCAUCCGGUGCCAUAAAACUUGGGGACUUUGUUUAUGUCAAAGGCAGAGAACCAGGAAAGAAGUCUAUAAGGCAAAUAAAUCAGCUUUAUGUUACAACAGAAGGGACAGCAUACUUUAUAGGAACCGUAUUCAAGAAUGCGCAGCAGUGUAAUCCUAAUGGUGACCAUCUGUUUUACAAGCAGGAAUUGUACCUUACCGGUGGCCUUGAGACUCUCCCAGUCUCGGACAUUAGUAGUCGCUGUGUUGUUCUCAGUCAAAAAGAUUAUUGUACAUUCCGUCCAACUGAAAUCAGAGAAGUUGAUGUAUAUAUCUGUGAGAACUUCUUAGAUGAAAUGAACCAACGAGUAAGCCCCUUACAAGUAGGGUUGCGCAAAUUCAAGCUCUCACCAAUGGUUACGCAAGAUGAAAUAUAUACAUUCAGAAGAGCUAUUCUUGUCCAUAAGAUGGAUCUGUCUACUUCUACUUUGAAAAAGCAACCAGCAAGCUAUGAAUCAUCUCCCAUGACUCCAAGAAUGGAUAUGGACUAUGAAGACUCCAUGGAUGGCCCACCUCCUUCUGUAGCGUCAGUCGAUUCAGGAGCCACUACGAUCACUCCAAAGCCCAUCAAAAAAGCACCGACGGGGAAACAAUUCCAACAAAUGACAGGAAAAAAACAGAUGACUGGGUACAUUUUGUUCUCGGCAGAGAUUCGAAAAAGCAUAACCCAGAAAAACCCAAAUGCAAACUUUGGAGAAAUUUCCCGACUUGUUGGAAUUGAGUGGAAGUGCUUGAUGGAAAGUGACCGCAAGGUCUACGAAGACAGAGCUCAUCAGCUCAAUUUGGAAAGUGCUGAAAGAGCACUUAGUGGCAAUGGACCAGAUUCUCCUCAGACUCCACAGGCAUCCACUCCUGAUUUGCCGCUUCCCAACAACCCUGAUGUUGUAUUCGAGUGCUUGUGGGAGACAUGUGAUUACAUGUUUGAAGAUUUACUGGAUCUAAGUGAUCAUCUAUUACUAGAGCCAUCUGGGCAUGUACAUAAAGUUGGUCAAGUGUUUGAGUGUGGAUGGCGAGGCUGCUCACGACAUAAAAAGAGCUCUCUGGCUCCUUUCCCUAUGGUACAACGUUUGAUGAGACACGUUCGUGAAAUUCACAUUCAGAAAAAUACUGGGAGAAUAAUACAACACUGUGAUCGUUCCAGAAAUUUUGUUGCUUCUUCUCGUCGAUCUUUGGUAAAUCAGCAGCCAGCUCAGACUACAUCCACUACAUACCCCACCACAGGGUCUCCGCAUUCCAGUCUACAAGGCUUACUGCAUGGUCGAGGAAAUUCUUUCUCCUCAGGGACGAUGCAGUCCCCUUACCCAGGGCUCCUACCCAGCAGUGCUGGGCAGCCAGGUCACUUGUCCUACUCUAACGCAGGUGUCACCGGGAGUCCAGUUCCUUCCAAGUUUUGUGACCCUAUUUUUGUUGCUCCACCUCCCAAGACACAGAGGUUGCUUCAUUCAGAGGCAUACAUCAAAUAUAUUGAAAAUUUGGAUAAACCAUUCAUCAGCAACUGGGAGAAGCAUUUGAUGGCUUCGCAAGACAGCACAGUUGUGAAUGAUUCUGGUCGUCUACCUGCCCAGUGGUUAGCUAAUGGACCAGGAACCCAUGGUACUGUUGUAACUGCUCUUUGGGCAUUAAGAGAAUAUAUGAUGAAGGAUUCCUUAGGGAUCGCCAAGAUUUUGUGACCCGACACGAAGCAAGUGGAGACGACAAAAGAGGAUACGUGUAAAAGUGUGGUACAAAGCCAAGCUGUAACCUCCAAUGUUCUUCCAACUGGCUUCUCAUACAGUGUUGCUACGUCUGUUAGCGAGUUGGGCUAGGCUAUGGUUUGCCCUUGUGAGGCCCACUUCAACUGAUUUCUUUGGAAAGUGGUGAUGUAGCAAGUUGGAAUGAAAGCAGUGGGAUGAAGAAAAAGUAAAAAAAAAAAAAAUAUAUAGUAUAUGUAUUAAUGCAUAUAUACUAUAUGGUAUACAGACUUGGUACAUUUCACAGAACUUUGUGUAUCUAUGUAAAUUGGACUUUAAGAAAGUUUUGGUUAAAUUUGUAGAUAAAAGUUAGUUGCAUCUUUUGCAGAAUUGUUAUUCCCAAAAUAAGACAUAGUCUUAAAAAGUUUUAUUUGUAGACAGUAUAUCUUAUUUAUUGAGAUAUUACUGAGUGACUGCCAAUAGGUGUUAUUUAUAUGCUCUUGUAUAUUUGAAAUUAAUUUUUUUAUUAUUUUUUUUUGUGCUGGUGCACGUCGUACUUUUUAUUGAAAUUUUUUUAACAGACGUUUGGUAGUGUCAUUGGACUGUGUAAUGACAGUGGAGCCUGGUAGCAUUUACUUAGUAUUUAGUGUGAAAGGCUUCCAAGGCCUUUUUGUUACUAGUAAGUCAACUUGUUGCUUCAUUCUUAUGAAUAACAGCCAUAUAAGCAUAAAUAACAAGUUAGCAUUUAUUUUUUCAGCUGUUUAACAGUCUUUGGGACACCAUAUUCAAUCUAACCCAGCAUUACUGUAUUUAAAUCCCGCUGCCUUCAUAUUGUUACCUCUUUUAUUUCUUGUAAAGUCAAGUAGCAUCAGAACACAGUAAGUGUUAGACAUGGUAUUUGAACAUACCAGUUUGUAUAUGAUGUAGGACCUGUGCAUUGCUGUUGUCAGUGAUGAAGUGUAUUUUAUAUAAAUCUCAUCCAUAACAAAAACACAUAUAAUGUAUUUGAUUGAAGUACAACAUUUUUGUCUUGUGCAUGCACAUAUGUUUUUUUGCAUUAUUUUGAAUUGUACAACUGCAUCCAAUCCCUUAUUUACUAAAGCUCCAUUUUAAUUUGCUACCAUGGUUGUCAGAUAGAUGAUGCUCUUCAAAUGAAAGGUUUCUUUUAACCUCUAUGUAUUUUCUCUCCCCUUGGUAUGGCAUAUGUGAUAGAAUUAACAUUUUCUUUUGCCUAUGAAAAUAAGUCCAUUAUCUUAAGGUAUCAAGAAGUUAGCAUCUUGAAUGCCCUAGUGAUCACUAAAUAAUUAGCAAACCAGUUAACUUUCAGGUGGUGCAGAUAUUAACAUCAGAAAUGUUUUUAGGUUUGAAUCUAGAAGGUUUUUUCCUCCAGUAUUCUUGGGAUAGUGUGUAUUGUAAUCAAAUAGGCAAAACCUCGUACAAAUGAUGUACCUACUGUAUAUCCAUCAGUGUCAUAUGCUUAUAUAUUUAUGUGACCUUUUGGCAUCCAAGUUUUAUCCAGUUUUAUGAAUCUCUCUCUCGGAAUAUCAGUUAAGUAUUUUCUUCAAAUUAGCAAUAGCUUCAAAUUGAAGUUUGGUGAACUAGACUGUGGAAUUUCCAAUUUUCUUGAAGUUUGAUAUUUUUAUUAUUACAUCUGCACCAUAUUUAUAUUAUUUGAAAUGAAUCUUACCUACUGUUAAGCUUAUAUCUUCGUGCCGAUCAAUUUGACAGUUUGGCUAACCUACUAGGAUUGUCUCUGUAAUUGCCCAUUUCACACCAGUCAGUUUUAGAAUGUUUGCGGUCUUGUCGUAUUUCUUCAAGCUGUGUCCGUGUCCAGAUGUGAAAACGCAGUAAUAAUUUUGGCUUUCUGGCUGAUGUUCUCCUGUACAGUAUUGUGCUAGUUUUCUGUUUUUGCAUUAUGUCUUCUACAAUCUUGUACAUGACAGCCACACAUAUGUUAGCCUGGCUAUUUUUUUUUUUUUUUUUUUUUUUUUU